GGUUCGUUGUCCUGUUUGUGAUGUUUAGUAGUCACGUUUUUCUACUCUUUUCUCGCUGUUAAACCAGUAUAAAGCCAUUUCGGGGGUAGUUAUGGGUGUUCACGAUUUGUGGUCUAUUGUGGAGACAGUUUGUGAGUCGGUGCCGUUGUACAGUUUGAGCGGAAAGACGCUGGCAGUUGAUCUGAGUUUAUGGGUGUGCGAGGCUCAGCAUGUCCAAGCAAUGAUGGGGAGAGUUACCAAGCCUCACCUGAGGAAUUUAUUUUUCAGGGUGUCCUCCCUCACACUUAUGGGGGUAAAGCUUGUCUUUGUCAUGGAAGGAGAAGCCCCUAAACUUAAAGCAGAAACCAUGAGCAAGAGGACAGAAACAAGAUUUGGAGGAUUGAAAAAGGCUUCUACCUCUAAGUCAACGAAUACCAGCAGAGGGCGCUUCAAAGCUGUACUCAGAGAGUGUGCAGAGAUGUUGGAUUACCUGGGUGUGCCAUGGGUGACAGCCGCUGGGGAGGCCGAGGCCAUGUGUGCUUACCUGGACUCGCAGGGCAUGGUGGAUGGCUGCAUCACCAAUGAUGGAGAUGCGUUUCUGUAUGGAGCCCGAACUGUCUAUAGGAACUUCAACAUGAAUAGUAAAGACCCUCAGGUGGACUGUUAUCGGACCUCUCGACUGCAAACGGAGUUACAUUUGUCCAGAGAGAACCUUGUUGGUCUGGCCAUCCUCCUUGGCUGUGAUUACAUUCCUAAGGGCAUACUGGGUGUUGGUAAAGAGCAAACUCUUAAACUUAUCCAGACACUGAAGGGACAAACACUUCUGCAGAGGUUCAUGCAGUGGAAGGAGGAUAAUGCAGGUGUCUCUGAGAAAGUUGUAAAAAAAGUUCCUCACUGCCACAUAUGUCGACAUCCUGGCUCAUCAAAGGCACAUGAGCGUGUCGGCUGUGUGCUUUGUGAUAGUAAACAUUUCUGUGAACCUCAGGAUUUUGAUUACCAGUGUCCCUGUGACUGGCACCACUAUGAGCAGACCCGUCAGGCUUUGUCUUUCGAGGCAAAUAUCAGGAAGAAAACACUGGCAAGUCAACAGUUCCCUUUCACAGAGAUCAUUAGUGAGUUUCUGAUUUCCAAAGAUAAGCCUGUGUCACAUUUCAAGAGGAGACAGCCAAACAUGCAGCUGAUGCAGAAAUUUGCCUGGGACAAGAUGGAGUGGCCGAAGCACUACACCUGUGAAAAGGUUUUGGUCUUGAUGACCUAUGCAGAGUUGAUGAACAGGAAAUAUGAAAGAGAAAUGUCAUCCCAAAUCAAGCCCCUCAGAAUAUUGAAACCAAGAGUGAGGAAUGCCAUCGCUUGCUUCGAAGUCAUCUGGAGCACACCAGAACAUUACGUGUUUCCUGAGGAUCAGCCUGCAGAGGGUCAACAUGAGGUGAGGACAGUAGAGGAAGAGUCUCUCUUCCGUGUGGCCUUCCCAGAGGUGGUGGAGAGUUACCUGAGAGACAAAGCUCUAGCUGAAGAAAACAAGACCAAAAAAAAGAAAUCAAAGAGGAAAAAGGAGAAGCCAUCUGAUGUCUCUGAUGGCAUUUCGGACCUCUUGGCUCAGAUGAGCCUUCAGAGUUCCUCCUCAGCAAAUGCUACGACUCAACCACAAACACUGCUCCCUACCAUUUCAAACACAGAAAAACCAGAAGUGGUGGUUUUGGACACUCCAGUCAACCAUAAACAGCAUAGUAACUCAAAAGAAGACCACAGCAGUCUGAGUAAUUGCCCCAGCACUCCUCUGUCUCAUGCAGAAUCGGAGGCUGUUGCUUCACCGUCUGUCUCUGUUGUUAUUGAUGCUCUACACCUGAGUGAUAUCGACUGGGAUGCUUUGUCCUUCACGUCUUCUCCAACUCUUCAAGCGGCUACAGACCACACCACUGAGCCCAAGCGGAAUAACUCCACAGAUGGAGAUGUCAAGGAAACAGAGAGUGAAAAAACCAAGCAGAAUACCUCAAGUGAUGUCAAACAAGCAGACUCCAGAUCAGCUCCAGAGCUGUGUUACACAGAGUGCCCUCUGAGGGACAGGGUGCUUAUGAGGAAUACAGCCAAAGCUGUAAACCAGAGGGAGUUACACAAUGAUGUGGUGGCAAAGCAACUAAAUUACGAGUUAGCCUCCCUCGAACACAUUUCCCCUCACAGCUCCAACUUAAAACCAAAUGGACAAAUCUCCCGUAAAGAUGGAGGUGACGGUAAAUUGACAGGGAAGGAAUCUGAUGUUAACAAAAAAGAACCACUCAUUGAUAAAAGCCAGAGUGUAAAGAAUAAGGCAGAAACAGAAAAGGCAUUAAUAUCUCCAGUACCAGAUCAAUGUAAGCCAAAGGACAAAUGUUAUGGUUCCCAAAAGCCACAUCAGAAGUAUAAAUUUGUCAGGACAGCCAUUUCAUCAUCUGCUGUCCCACGACAGAAGUGCCACUCUGACCCAGGUCAAAGUGACAAAGACAGGAACGUGCCACAGACCACCAAGAAGAGUGUAUGUUUGAGCGUGUGUUCAUCCAGCGAGGACAGUGACACAGAGAACCAGCAGUUUGGACCCCAGAGAAGGGUUAAGAUAAAACCCAUAAAUAAGAUCAUGGCCAGCUUCAUCACAGACUAUGCCCUGAUACCGGUUUCUGUGCCCAAAACAAACAAACAAACAAUGACACCGGCCCACAGCCUUCAGCUAGGAGGAUCUCAGAGACACAGCACAGAUGUUGAGAUAAACACAACACCUGUAUCGACGAAAAGCAGAUGCCAGGAUGUCCCACCAGCUAUUGUGGAUUGUCAUGUGGCCUCUCCAGCUCCAGCUUCACCUAUCACUGUGAUAGAUAGUGAUGAUUCAGUGAUUGGUAUUGAGAGUCCGCUGCCACUGGCAGAGAGACUGAGACUCAAAUUCCUGAAGUGAGCAGCAUGGUUACAGGAUGAUGGACAGAAACAUUUAAGUUAUUUUAUGUUGUUAUAAAUGUGAAAAACUCAAGGUUCACUUACUAGCUUUUUACAGUAGAGCUGCAACAAUCAGCCGAUUAGUCAAUUGACAGAAAAUGAAUCAGCAGUUAUUUUAAUAAUCUAAUAAUGGUUUGAGUAAUUAUUCAACAUAUCAAACCUUUGAUGGUUUCAGCUUCUCAAAUAUGAGAAUUUGCUGCUUUUUCUUGUCUUAACAUAAUAAAUUGAUUCUAUUGGGGUUUUGGCCUGUUGAUCAGGCAAAACAGGACAUUUAAACACUUAGGGAUUUAGGAAAUUGUGAUAGCCUUUUUUUUUUUAUGUUUAAAUACCAAACAAUUAAUAAAGAAAAUAAAAGUCAGUCUAUGCUUUGCCAUAACCUGUUACUGUGAUCCUAAAUGUAACUUUUUCUGUAAAACAAGGGGGAAGUAUUAAUGUCAGUUUUGAUGAGAUGUGGUUUGAAAACACCGACUAACUAAUUUGUGUCAAAAUGUUUCAUCUGUUUCUUUACAUGUUUAUUUUUGCGUGUUUAUAAGAAAUACAUUGCACAUAAUAAUUAUGAUACAGAUGAUUAUAGUAAAGGUGUGCUAUUGUAUGUUUGAUGGAUAAUUUUGAAAACUAGACUGACUGCAUGCCCAGUGAGCAAAACAUGAAAGUGUUCGAAUAAA